CAUCAACCACCAAAACCCGUCUUUUGUUCUCUUCCUUGAGAGGUUUUUGUAGGGUUUCACUUUCAUCUUCUUCGUACAAGCUCCGCCAAUAUAUUAUAUACACAUACAGAGAGAGAGAGAGAGAGAGAGAGAGAGAGAUAGUGAAAUGGGUUCUCUGAAAAAUGGAGUCGGGAGAGGACAACUCGAAGACAAAGAAGAAGAAGGAGGAGGAGAAGAGGAACCCAUAUUAAUGGAGAAAUCACAGAGGUUUUGUAUGUUUCCAAUUCGAUACCCACAACUUUGGGAGAUGUACAAGAAGUCCCAAGCUAGUUUUUGGACCGCUGAGGAGGUGGAUCUAUCCCAGGAUGUGCAGCAGUGGGACUCUUUGUCUAAUUCUGAGAAGCACUUUGUAAGCCAUGUGUUGGCAUUUUUCGCCACAUCUGAUGGGAUUGUUUUGGAGAACUUGGCUGCUAGAUUCUUAAAUGAUGUUCAAAUUCCAGAGGCUCGGGCAUUUUACGGAUUCCAAAUUGCAAUGGAGAAUGUACAUUCUGAGAUGUACAGCUUGCUUCUGGAAACAUACAUCAGGGACUCGAGGGAGAAACAUAGAUUGUUCAAUGCAAUUGAGAAUAUUCCUUGUGUCGCUCAAAAAGCCAAAUGGGCUUUAGAUUGGAUUCAAAGCUCCAACUCAUUUGCAGAAAGACUUGUUGCCUUUGCAUGCAUUGAAGGAAUAUUUUUCUCAGGGAGCUUCUGCGCCAUUUUUUGGCUUAAAAAGAGGGGACUCAUGCCAGGCUUGACAUUCUCAAAUGAACUUAUUUCCAGAGAUGAGGGUCUCCACUGCGAUUUUGCUUGUCUACUAUACAGUUUGUUACAGAAGCAACUACAGUGGCAAAAAGUCCAUCACAUCGUGCACAAAGCUGUUGAAAUAGAGACCCAGUUUGUUUGUGAAGCUCUCCCGUGUGCAUUGAUUGGCAUGAAUUCAACACUUAUGAGCCAAUACAUAAAGUUUGUUGCUGACCGUCUUUUGGUUGCUUUACAGUGCCACACGAAGUACAACGUAGAAAAUCCCUUUGAUUGGAUGGAGUUUAUUUCCUUACAAGGAAAAGCCAACUUCUUUGAGAGAAGGGUGGGUGAUUAUCAGAAGGCUUCUGUUAUGUCAGGCCUACAAGAUGGUGCAAAAAACUUUGCCUUCACACUUGACGAGGACUUCUAGUGAUUAAAUUUACGGAAAUGCGUCGGACCCCAGUAAACCCCACCCCCACCGACCCCAGUGCCACGUGGCACUGCGGGAUUGGAAGGAAAGAAAAAAAAAAGAAAAAGAAAAGAAAACUGGCCAAUGGGGACGCGUCACGUCACUGGGGGUUGACCCCAGUAGGGGUGUGUAGCAGCGUUGUUAAAUUUAUUUCGGCUUCUUACAAUUAUCAUGUAGAUGCUGAAACAGGGCAUUCAAAAAUUUUUAACUAUUAUUUAUCGUGACAUUAUGUUUAUUGUAAACUGUCAUUUACACUCAAUGCAAAGGCAUCAUUUCAUUGUCUGAUAUAUGAUGUCCUAGCGAAAAAAAUGCUUAUCUGACCAGCGUGCUAAUUUUAUUAUAUAUAAAAAUCAGGUUGUUUCUGAAUA